UGGAUAUUGUAGUUCAAUAGUAACAUUAUGCGCAUGUAUUGAAACUGAAAUAAUGUGCCGAGAACUACAAUCGCAAUGACGUGUUAUACAAUGACCAACAUAUGCAUUGGUCUUGGGAAAUGUAGUUUUUUAAAGUUGACGACAACCUACUGUCUGCAAGGAAAUCAAUGCUUAAAAAAACUACAUUACCCACACGACUGGCAAUUUAGGCCGGAGGUCGACGUGCAUUUCGAUGGGUGGUUAGCAGGUCUCAUUUUCAAGCUAAAAAUGUCAGAAGGGGACAGCGUUGGGGAGUCAAUCCAUGGAAAACCGUAUAUAGUUGCUACUUUUUUAACACGGAUUGGACAGAUCUAUCAGUCAUGGCUUGACAAGUCGACACCGUACUCUGCAGUACGAUGGGGUGGCACGCUUCUACUGACUGCUAUAUACAUGAUCAGAGUGUACAUACUGCAGGGCUGGUAUAUAGUAACAUAUGCCUUGGGGAUAUACCACCUAAACCUGUUCAUCGCUUUUCUAUCACCAAAGGUGGAUCCUUCACUGCUUGACGAAGACGAGGGCCCGGCCCUUCCUACGAAGCAGAAUGAGGAGUUCCGUCCCUUUAUCAGGCGGUUGCCUGAGUUCAAAUUCUGGCAUUCGGCCACAAAAGGCAUCGUCAUUGCCAUGAUUUGCACAUUUUUUGAUGCCUUCAAUGUGCCAGUGUUCUGGCCCAUACUUGUAAUGUACUUCAUCAUGCUCUUCUGCAUCACCAUGAAGAGGCAGAUCAAGCAUAUGAUCAAGUACAGAUACCUACCAUUCACACAUGGGAAGAGGACAUACAAAGGCAAGGAAGACACGGGGAAACCUUUUGCUAGUUAAAACCUCUCAUUUUCCUUCCUCCUUGUUUGUAAUUUGCCUGUCACAGUCCAUGGCGAGUGAUGGGGUUAGAUUUUUCUUUUGUAUGACAUAGUAACUUGACAAGAAGUUUUUUUGAUCCAUGUCAGAAAGUGUUGUAGGAGCAUACCAGCAGCACUGAUCAGAUUAGUCUGAAAAUGUUGCCUUUCUCUACAAGCAAUGUUGGGAGGUGGGGUUCUUUAGAGGGCUCUCAGACUAAUUUUAGAUUUGGCCAACAUUCGUUGAGUAGUUAGAGACUCGGUGCUGCCUUUUGCCUUUUUAAAGCCCACUGGGUAAGUACUGUGUCACCAAAAUCUACUGUACAACGGGGAAAAAAAAGAUCUGCUACAGUUUUAAUAAUUUCACUACAAGUGAAAUCGUUCAUGUUUUUCGAUUAUUAUACCCUCACCAACUUAUUUGUAACGUGAUAUAUGUCAGUAGUGUUAGAUGUAAAACGGGAGCUAUGAAGGCAACAGAAGACUCACUAGGUUGAAUAAGUCCAUCUCCUCCAAUAAAAGUGUGCUGCUUCUCUGAA